AUGGAUGAAGCUCUCUCUGGCGCAGAGUCGAUCGACUCUCCGCCUCCAUCUCCGGGCCUCUCUCGCUCCCCUUCAUACGCUAAUUCUGUGACCAAUAGCGAUGACUGGGAUUUUCCUCCGAUGGACAAACUCACUGUAUUUGACUUUCUCGACCAGUUUACACUCCCACAACAGCUGGAGAAAAUAAAUAAGCGCAUACAGCUCCAGAGCGAGACUCUCAAAAAACACAGGGACAAAGUAAAGCUUCAAUAUGUCAGGCAUAAGGAAACUGUCCUCAAAAAAACAGAUGUGGAAUUGGAGAAAUACAAAGAUAAGUUUAGUCAGGGUCUUGAUAAGCUUGUCGAUAAAUGGGGGGAUACCAAAGUUAUUUCUUCAAGAGAGAAGAUCGCGUUCGUGGUUGGUGUCUGCAAUAUCUUCAUCACAGGUCUUUUAAUUGGCGGGCAUCCGGAAUGGGUCCACAUUUGGUAUUCGCUACAACUUCUUUAUUUCAUGCCCGUCCGCUAUUACACUUAUCAUAAACGUGGCUACCAUUACUUCUUGGCCGAUCUUUGCUACUUUGUUAACGUCCUUCUUCUGCUCUCUAUCUGGGUCUUUCCUAAUUCUCGACGUCUCAUGAUCGCAACCUACUGCUUGGCUUACGGAAACAAUGCUUGGGCGAUAGCCAUGUGGAGAAACUCUCUGGUUUUCCACUCAUUGGAUAAAGUUACCUCAUUAUUCAUACAUAUCAUGCCUCCUGUUGUGUUGCAUUGUUUGGUACAUUGCGUGGAUCCAGUUAUUAUCGAAGCAAAAUUCCCAGCUAUUAGUAGAGUCAAGAACAUAGAGCACUACGGCCUUAGAGAGAUGAUCAUCUGGGCAACCAUCCCGUAUGGAAUUUGGCAAAUUUCCUACCACCUUUUGAUUACUGUUCGGAGACGCGAUAAAAUUGCCGCUGGUCGUCCAACAUCUUUUACUUGGCUCCGAAAAAGUUACUCCAAGACUUGGAUCGGAAAACUUGUCCUGCGGCUCCCAACAAAUCUUCAAGAGUCUGCAUUCAUGUUCAUUCAAUACUCAUAUGCGGUUAUAACCAUGCUUCCGUGCCCAUUUUGGUUUUAUCAUCGCAGCUUCUCUGCUUUGUUCAUUUCCGCUGUUGGGCUUUGGAGUGUUUACAAUGGAGCUAUAUACUAUAUCGAUGUGUUUGGUACACGCUUCCAAAAAGAGCUGGAGCAGCUAAAAAAAGAUGUCGCAAGAUGGAAGGAAGCACCCCCAAGUCCUCAAACCACUCCGAGUGAUGAGAAUACUCAAAAAGAUGCCGGGGAUGGCCAUAAAAAUGACAACCUCGAAAAUAUUGAGCCGUUGAACAUGAAAACAACGACUACAGCUUCUUCGAGGGAAGAGACAAAACAAGGUAGCGAAGUCAGAGAGAGAAACGUCACUACUAGCGUUACAACUCAAACGACGCCACGAUGA